GCUACCCACAGCUUCCUAUCUCACCUGAUCGACUGAUGCUUCUAAAUGCUAGGAUUGCGCGACUGUGCUUGUACUUGUGAUUGAACGUGUUAUUCUUGAGCAAUCAGAGGGACUCUUUUAGUCUCGAAGUGCCGAACCCGUACACAUAAAUUAGGCGAUAUCUGACAGCCUUUCCAGAUUGCAACCCACAGCUUACCACCAAUCGUCUGAGCCCAUACUAUCAUGGAGACCGAUUCUCAGCACGGCGUUUCGCAUGUUCAGCAUCACCCAGAGUUUUAUCUUCCAGACGGCAACAUCACCUUUCUCGUUGAAAAUACCUUCUUUCGCGUUCACAGGUCCUUCUUCGAGCGCGAAUCUCAGGUUUUCGUCCAGGAACUUGCACAAGUUCCCCAGGAUGGAAUAUCUGAUGACAGCGCGUUUCGGGUCGAAGACGUAACUAGUGAUCACUUCGCGACACUCCUCUGGGUCUGGUACAGCCCGAAGUACAGACUGGACAGGAAGUCAUCAGACAACUGGCUCGUCAUACUCGAGCUCUCUACGAGGUGGCAAUUUCCUGAGAUGAAGAAGCUGGCUAUUGAUCAGCUCCAGAAUCUCAAGAUGGACCCCGUAGAAAAGAUCGCCAUUUAUAACAAGUAUGAGAUCGAUAGAUCGCUGCUUUUGCCUGAAUACAAGCACCUUUGCACGCGGGAGGGUCAGAUGUCGAUCGAGGAGGGUGAGAAGGUCGGGUUACUCACUGUCCUCGCUAUACAUCAGGCUCGCGAGCGUGCAAUGCAGAGUGCAACGGCAAACGAGUGUCGUAGCCCGACUCCUGCUGAUGUCAAUGACGAGGAACUGGAACAGAUAUUGAGAAAUAUCUUCAAUCUCAACCCAGAUUCUACUACCAGAUCACGACGCGGCGCAGAUAUUCAGGCACUCUCGGGAGACACUAACUUCCAAGGUGCUCAGGCGCAGGGACAAUCAAACGCACCUCCUAUCAUUGGCACUCCGCGGCCCGAUGCAAGCAGAACUACGAAUGGGACGUCCGGGCUAGGUUCGGUAAGUCAGGUCUUCCACCACAAGAUGUGUUAUUUAGCUCUUUCAACAGUCCUCUCAAAACGUCAAUAGGGGUAGAGAUACUACAGGAAUGGUGUGUCGCAUGUGACUCACUCAGUACAACUGACACUCAAGGAAUAUAGGAUAGAACCAGAUAAUUGAUCAAUCGGAGGGCGAUCUGAGUCGCUCAAGUGAACGUUCGACUUGUGUGACCGAGGUUGGAGUGACACAUGUGUU